GCAUGAAACAGAGAAGCACAGCAGCAUCUUCGAGCGCCUUGUCGGAACGUUUGGUCUUGCGUCGGCCUCCUCUUCCCUUCAUUCUGUUAACUUUAGAGGAAAAAGCAGUUCUGGCAUCUGAAGGAUGCGAGCAAAAACCAUAAUUCCAGUUCUGGUUUCACUGCUGCUCCACCAGUCGAGGGCUGAUCAAGUGUGUGUCAACAUCUCUGAGUAUAAUCUGAACGUCACGGUGCCUUAUGGCCACAUGACUGAGAAGAGGACUGGCGAAGGUGCUGAAUGUGAGAACGAUGAAGAAGAAUGUUUCUUUCAAUGCGUACCAACCAAUGAGACGUGGUUCCAUGGAUCAUUUGGCUGCUUAAACUGUUCAGUGACAAAUGGAAGUUAUAACAUCACUGUGUAUACCAUCCAUGGAAACAUCUUGAACACUGUCUGCUACCACGCUCACUGCAGGGAAGACUCCAUCCUGCCACUAAUUCACAGAUUGAAAGAAAUUGACGACGCCCAGAAGGAACUGGGGGAACUCCUGUACAUAAGAGAUUCAUGUCCGAGUCUCUUCAGAACCAGUUAUGAUAUUAAGAAGGUGUAUGUAAUACUGGAGAAGCAAAUAAUUCAUGAAAUUAUGAAUAUGACUGAGUUUGAGGGUGGCAGCUCCAAGACCUACAACCUGAAGUACUUGUCUGUGAAUGUUUCCAAAAUCAGUGACACAGUCCUCAACGUUUCAGAAGACAUGAUCCCAAUGAAAGCUCCUCAGUUAUGGCCCAACAACGACUUGUCUGUCCCUGAGGUUUGGAUCCCAGUGAACGCACUGAAACACAUCCCACAAGAGCAGCGAGUUAUCGGCCUGGUCAGCUACACGGACCCCAGCCAGUUCCAGUUUAGCACGGAGGAUUUCCGCUCCAUGGUUCUCAGGAUAGAGACGUUAGGCGAGUCUCGCCUUCAGAAUCUCAAGCCGCCAAUCAGAAUGAUUUUCAGGGUUGUGAAACCAGAAGGGAAUGUCUCCCAGUUACAGUGUCGCUACUUUGAUGAAGACCACAGGAAGCCUGUAAAAGGUAUGACCAACUUUUGACAAGCUGGUGUUCCAGAUACAUUCUAACAACAGCUACUGGUUAAUUAACAAAAGAAUCAUCUUUAGUAAUAACCACUUACAGUCGGUGGAAAACAGGAGUAUCUAAAAAAAACUCUCU